CAUGACAAGGUCGACUCUUACUUUUCUUUCUGCUGUCAGAGUUAAAACUUUAAAAUAUGUCAGCAGAAAUCAACACUAAGAAGGUUCAGGAAAACGCAAAGACGCCUGGAUCAGACAGUAAAGAAGAAGUUUGUUCUUCCUUCUGUCUGCUGCUGGCGUUGGGGGUCACCUUGGUCCUGCUGGCGGUGAGCAUCGGCAUCAUCACCUGGAGCUGUUUAGAAGUAAAGAAACAGAAAGAGAGAGCCAGCAGGCUGGAGCUGGCGUCUGAGCGGACAUGCAGAGAGAAGGAAAAACUCAACCAGAAGCUCAGAUUCUUCCUCACAUCCACAAACUUCUCUGUGAGAAACUUCUGUCCCGUCGGAGAGUGCCAGUUGUGUCCGGACGGAUGGUUCCGGUUCCAGGAAAAGUGCUACUGGUUCAGGAACGACACCGAGCUAAACUGGGAAGAAAGUCGUCGGUUCUGUCAGAACAGAUCUGCGGAUCUGGUUGUUAUUAAUAAUCCGCAGCAACAGGCUUUCAUCAGUAACCUCAGCAGCAGCUUCUACUGGCUCGGCCUGCAGCACGUUGACGGCAGCUGGGUCUGGAUCGACGGCUGCAAAGACACUUUAGGGUUUUGGAUGGAUGAUGUGAACCCGUUGGGUUCGUUUGCGGAGGUGUUGGCCUGGAGGAAUCUCACAGACAGCUGGCUGCCGACGACAUCUUCGACCUUCAGCAAGGUCGUCUGUGAGCAGCAAGCCUUCAACGUUUCCAUUUAAAGAGUUUCUGUUCUCACUCUUCACUGGGAUAUUUACACCAUCGUAACUGAAACACGUCAUAUUUUAAAGUUUCAUCAUGAUAUUAAAUGUCUUGCCUUUCUUUGGUGUUUUAAUGACCUCAUCUGCUAAUUAGAGCAAAUAAAUUAGCUAUUGAUCAGUUCAUGAUCACGUAUAAAUUAUAUCUGCAUUGUUGUUGUUUUAAAAAUAUGUUUUUUUUUCUGUUUAUCACUACACCUAAAAAUAUGUAUUCAAUACUAAUAAACAGUAAAAAUGAAAGAAAAAAGAA